CUGGUUCUCGACAAACAUUUUGUGUCCACUUCAAAACAUCGGAACACUUUCCAAGUGGAUUUUAGUUUUCUAAAGUCAUUGUACAUCCACCUUCAAUCUCAUGGCGUAAAAACCGGCCUUGUGGAAAAGAACCCAUAUCUCGUUACAACUCCAUUUUUGACCUAACCGGACAAACCUAGACCUUUUUAGACUUAAACUCAAACCAAAUCAAACUACCAUCACAAUUUGUUGCGAUCAGCCCUUACACCUAGUUAAACUCGGAUUUCCGUGAGAAGAAACCAGAGCAUCUUCCUAGUUACACUUGAACCUACUUUAUGAUUAAUCACCGAGUUAAUGGUUCUAGUUGGAGGCUAUACACAGUUAAAGUAUAACCUACACCUAUUAAGACUAACGUAGAGCCAGUUGUACGAGAACAUAAACAUAUUUAGACAAGACCUAAUAAGUAUGACAUGUACUUGAACAAUUUAGACUACAAUUUAGAUGUAGUAACUCGAGACUAACUCUAAUGAUGAAUCUAAACCUAGUUUAACUGCACCUAAUCAGGCUAGAAAAAUGAGACUAGAACCUCUUCCAAUUUUGCAUAGGUAAUAAACUUAGAUUAGAAAGUAGACCUUGUUAGUAUAGGACCCACAUUUUCUUAGCUAUUAACCCAAAUAUUGUUUAAACAUAAUUAAUAAAAAAAAAAAAAACAUUGGGUUUAAAAUUGGAAUGCCCAUACCUACUUAGACUAUAACCCUUGACCUAGUCAAACUAAUAGCCUAGUCAGACAGGAGCAUAAUCCUAACUGGAGUACAAGUAUAUCACCUAAGUCAGAUAAGACUAAAACCUUUACCAGUUAUGUUACACUACAACAGCAAUCUUGUUAUACAACCUAAACCUGCUUUAUAUAAUUAGGUUCGGAUCAAAGGGAGUCCAGACUAAAUUUCUCCUGGGUUUUGUUAAUGCAGCCCCAAAUUCUACAUACAGUACUUAUAUAAUGCAUUCAUUUUCUGUAACGCUUAUCCUCACGAGGUUCGCUGUAUGCUGGCGCCUAUCUCAGCUAACUAUGGGCAGGCAGCAGGGUACACCCUGAACUGGUUGCCAGCCAAUCGCAGGUACAGUACUUUUUUUUUAACCUUGCUGGAGGGCAAUCUAAGAUUUGAAAAGCCCUAGGGAUAUUUUGUCACAAACCUGAACCUACUUAGACUACAACCUACAGUAGGACGCCCACGAUCUAUGUAGGAGUAAGUUGGGGCGUUUGAGAACAAGAGGGAGGAGGCAUUUCCGCUUCCAUCAAACAUUCUUUGAAAUUUUUUGAGCUUGUUCCCUCCCUGCUGGAUGCUGCUUCUUUCCUUUCUUGCUCUUUUCCCUCCCUGCUUGUCUUUGGCUUGUCCACAUCACGGCUGAGAGAGAGGCUUCCCUACAUCCAUCUUGGACAUGGAGACUCUUUUGAACAUCAGCAUUGCUCAACGUUUUGAACUCCCCCAACCUUCAUUUUCAUUCAUCUCUGACAUCUCUGACAUCUUUAAUACAAACGAGACAGCCAGUGACAUUGUAAAUGGAAUCAUCGACAACAUUCCAUUACCUCAAUGGACCAUCUACCUGUUGGCGGCAUUGGGUGUGAUUGUGAUCGUGCUUGUUGUGUGUUGCGUGUGCGUGUGCUGCUGCAGAAAAAGAAGGAAGAAACAACAGCAGAAGCAAGCGGACACCCUUGUUAAACAAAAGCAACAAGGCGGGCAAACAAACAGUGAGCUGGUUCAACCUGGCACGAAUGAGGUGAAAUUCAAGCAACAUCGAGGGAAACUGCUGUACUCGCUGGAGUUUGACACCACUCUUUCUGAGCUCAAGGUGGGCGUAAAGCAAGCUAGCAGUCUGAAGGCCAUGGACCUGGGAGGAACUUCCGACCCUUACGUCAAGGUCUACAUCCUACCUGACAAAACCAAGACCUGCGAGACCAAAGUUCUGAAGAACACGCUCAAUGCCACCUUCAACGAGACCUUCAACUUCCAGAUCUCCAAGGCGACUUUGGUGACUUCGACAGCUGUACUUCAGGUUUUCGACUUCGACCGCUUCUCCAAACACGAUAUCAUUGGAGAGCUGCGCCUAAAAUUAGGACAAGUGGACUGGAAUCACGUCAUAGAGGAGUGGAGAGACCUCCAAGAGCCCACUAACGAGGAGGAGGAGAACCUUGGUGAGAUCUGCUUUUCUCUCCGAUACGUUCCAACAUCCAGCAAACUGACUGUCAUCAUCCUGGAAGCCAAAAACCUCAAGAGUACAGACAUCAAUGGAAGCUCAGAUCCCUAUGUGAAGGUGCAGCUGGCUCUAGACAAGAGGAAGUGGAAGAAGAAAAAGUCAACCAUCAAGAAAAACACACUCAACCCGUACUACAACGAAGCCUUCACCUUCAAAGUAACCUUGGAGCAAAUUCGGCGUGUCAACUUGGUGAUCUCAGUGUGGGACCAUGACCCAAUGACGCCCAACGACCCAACGGGCAAGAUCUUUCUGGGCUGCGAUGCACAGGGCAACCAGCUGAGGCACUGGGCUGACAUGCUCGCCAACCCGCGGCGGCCUGUGGCACAGUGGCACACGCUGCUGUCGUCAGAGCAAGUCAAUGCCGCCCUUCCCCUCAAGAGAAAAAUACCACUUGCAAGUGUUGAGAAAGUUAACCUUCUACGUGAAAUAUUAGUUCAAAGUUCAGCUAAGAAAUUUUAAUAUGAACUGCAAAGUAGUUCAGUGAUUUAAUAAUUGAAAUUUCUUAACUGUUCAUUGAACACAAAACUUUUAGAACUUGUGUCAUAAAGGUGAAACAUUAUUGACUAAUGUAAGUAAGAGAACAACAUUCACUUAAGAGUUAUUGUUAAAAGUCCUAUAAUAGCCCGUCUGAAUCCAAAGCCAUGACAAUGCUCCUAUUUGUCCAGUGAGUAAAAAGUCGGAAAGUAUGCUUGUCCAAAGCCAGUGACAAUUAUGGUACUGUAGAUCAGGAGGCAGUUAUCAUUUAAUCAGGCAAGUAGAGUAGGGCUGUUAAGAAUUUUUUUGUUUAAAUAGCACAUGAAUCAAAUUGACUGGAGUGAGAAGGUAUACCUGUACAUACUGUAUAUGUUGUA